AUGGCCUUGUCCACCGGGCAUGUUGCAAGCCAGCUAAGGCACCUCAUCUAUUACCAACUCGACAAUAACUUAAUCCGCAAUGCGCUAUUCCUCGCUUCUCGCCUCCAUGCCUAUGAACCGCGAUCCUUUGAGGCCCAAUAUCUACUCGCCCUUUGUCAUCUACACAACGGAGAAGUGAAAGCAGCGUUCGAAUGCAGCCAGGCUUCGGGCUCGCGCGGUCUGCAUGCGGGUUGUGCGUAUGUCUUUGCUCAAACUUGUUUGGACUUGGGGAAAUACUUAGAUGGUGUCACGGCUCUGGAGCGUAGCAAACCGCUCUGGUCCUCCAAGAAUCACUGGAACAAGCAUAGUGAAACUCAGCGACAGCACCUACCUGAUGCUGCGGCUGUUUUUUCUUUGCAGGGAAAACUUUGGCACGCACAGAAAGAUUUGACCAAAGCAGUUGACUGCUUCGUGGAGGCACUGAAACUGAACCCCUUCAUGUGGGAUGCAUUCCUAGGGCUUUGCGAAACAGGUGUCAACAUUCGAGUCCCGAACAUAUACCAGCUCAGCCCAGAACUUCUUGCAAUAAUAUCUUCGUCGCCGGAGGAAAUCGCUAGUGCACCAGAAAACGUGGUCUCUGAAGAAAGGAAUUUCCCCACACAGCCUCCUGGUAAUCCUGAAUCCGACCCUUUCAUGGUCUCUGCCUCCCGUGGCGAGACUGAUACCACAUUUGGGAGCUCCGCUCUUUGGGAAAAGUUGAAUGGAAGCUCUGUUAAUUUUGCUGCUAUGGCACAGCCGGUUUUCCACGACGGAAUGGAGACUCCAGGCGCACAGAGCAGUGGCUCUGAUGACUUCCGCAUUGCAAAUGGCGUCACUGACCCUGAAGCUGGAUGGGAAGCACCCUUGGCCCCUGCUCGAAAGACGCGGACAAUCCAAACCAUGAGCCUUGACCAUACCGGGCAACCCCCACCCCGAAUGCGCCCAACGGGCAUCAGACCUCGACACAAAACACGAACCGAACCAGAGACUCAGCCGACUGCUCCGGUAGAAAGAGACCCAUCUCUUGUGUCGCGAUUCGGCGACCGCAAGCGCACAGUCUCUGGACAAGUCGCCCACCCCGUUCCUUCGUCGCAGCCUACUGAACCAGGUGCUCCCCAGCGCCGAAGCGUUCGCCUCUUCAACCAGAUCAAACCUACAACCAGUAAGCUUUCAAACAGUACGCUUACUGGCAGAGAUGGCCGCGAGAUGAAGAAAUUGAGAGGAGGGCCUACGAAAGGACGGGCAGGAGGUGUGCCCACUGUCGGCCGUGUCGUGAGUGGCAAUCGAAAACCAAUGGAAACACCCGACAAUGAUGGUAAAGAUAAUCGGACUGCCUUGCCGCAAUCCCACCCUCUUGUCCCCCCGUUGCCCAAAAAUGCUGAAAAAACGAAAGAGCUCGAAGCCUUGGAUUGGCUUUUGGGUCUUUUCAAUAAACUUGCGUCUGGAUAUUUCUCACUGAGCCGUUAUAAAUGUGCGGACGCCAUCAGCUCUUUCAAUUCUCUCUCACAAGGGCAGCGUGAAACUCCGUGGGUUUUGUCUCAACUUGGACGGACUUAUUUCGAACAAGCAAGCUAUACAGAAGCUGCCAAGUACUUUUCCAGGGUUCAAAAACUAGCUCCUUCCCGCACCGAGGAUAUGGAAAUCUAUUCGACUGUCUUAUGGCACCUGAAAAGUGAUGUAGAAUUGGCUUACUUGGCGCAUCAGCUACUCGAGGCUGAUCGCCUAUCCCCCCAGGCGUGGUGUGCUAUUGGGAACUCUUUUUCUCAUCAACGGGAUCACGAUCAAGCACUCAAGUGCUUCAAGCGUGCGACUUUGAUCGAUCCUGAAUUUGCAUAUGCAUUCACACUACAGGGACAUGAAUAUGUCGCCAACGAAGAAUACGACAAGGCGUUGGAGGCCUAUCGCCACGGCAUCAACGCAGAUAAUCGACAUUACAAUGCUUGGUACGGACUGGGGACGGUGUAUGACAAGAUGGGCAAGCUUGAUUUCGCUGAGCAGCAUUUCCGCAAUGCAGCCAGCAUCAACCCGACGAACGCGGUGCUUAUCUGCUGCAUUGGUCUGGUAUUGGAGAAGAUGAAUAAUCCUCAAGAUGCCCUGGUUCACUACGGUCGGGCCUCCUCACUAGCCCCAAACUCGGUACUAGCUAAAUUCCGCAAGGCGCGCGUACUGAUGAAGCUGCGUGAAUACAAGUUUGCUUUGGCAGAACUGAAAGUCCUGAAGGACAUGGCGCCGGAUGAGGCAAAUGUGCACUACCUUCUUGGAAAGCUGUACAAAAUGCUCCACGACAAGGCCAAUGCUAUCAAGCAUUUCACUGCGGCCUUGAACUUGGACCCGAAGGCUGCACAAUACAUCAAGGACGCAAUGGAGUCGUUGGACGACGAGGAUAUGGAGGAUGAGGACAUAGCUUUCCGUCUUCUGACCGCAUGUACGCAGCUCUUCUUGACUCGUUUAACCGUCAUCAUGUCGAUCGGCUCUUAUGUCGUCUCAGGUGUUAGCUCUUUUGCGGUGUUGACCGUCUCUCUCUUUGCAAUCGGUCAAAAAGUGCCUCGCGCCGCAUUCGCCGCCCGCUGUCUUGCCUCAUAUGGCUGUCUUCUCGUCAGUGCCGCGUACGGCGUGCUCGUCUCGAUCUGUCUACGACUAGUUGGAUAUGGCCGUGUGUCACAGUGGGCAGCAGGUCGCAGCUUCAAGUGGCUGAUGCGGUUCACAACUGGUGUCAAGUUCGAGGUUAUCGAAGGCAAAGAAUACCUCUCUACCCGUCCGGCAGUUUUUAUUGGCAACCACCAGACUGAACUCGACGUGUUGAUGCUUGGAUGUGUCUUCCCGCCAUACUGCAGUGUAACUGCCAAGAAAUCACUGCGGAAUGUUCCUUUCUUGGGCUGGUUCAUGUCUUUAUCCCGCACUGUGUUCAUUGACCGUGCCAACCGGGAAACAGCCCUCAAGGCUUUCGAUGGCGCCGCCGCCGAGAUGCGCGAUCACCGCCAGAGCGUCUUUAUCUUCGCUGAGGGUACCCGAAGUUACUCUGACGAGCCUACUCUACUACCCUUCAAGAAGGGUGCUUUUCAUCUCGCUGUUAAGGCCGGUGUGCCGAUCGUACCGAUUGUGACGGAGAACUAUUCGCACGUGCUGUCGCCUCGUGCCUGGCGAUUCAACGCUGGGACUAUCAAAAUAAAAGUUUUGCCUCCCAUCCCGACUCAGGAUUUGACAUCGGGCGAUGUGGAUAGCCUGACCCAAUCGACGCGGGAUUCGAUGCUCAAAACUCUCACAGCAAUUUCCCAUGCGCAGAAGGACGAGGUCGAUGUUGCUCAUACCAACGGCGUCUCCAGCGCCGUUGAAAUCUAG